AUGGCGCCGCCGCUGGAGAUCCUGUGCAUCACGACGGGCGGGAGCAUUGACAAGACCUACAGUUCGCUGGCGAGCGACUUCGUCUGCGCGGCGCCGGUGCUCAAGGGCCUCCUGCGCGACGUCAAGUGCGCCCACCGCGUGGCAUUCCGGGAGAUCUGCCGCAAGGAUUCGCUGGAGCUCACGGACGGCGACCGGGACGCGAUCGUCGCCGCCGUCGCCGGCGCGGCCCAGACCCACGUCCUCGUGACCCACGGCACGGACACGUUGUGGAAGACCGCGCUCGCGCUGAAACCCGCGGCGCUCAGGGCCUCCAAGGUCGUCGCGCUCACGGGGUCCAUGCGGCCCGCGGCCUUCGCCGCCACGGACGCCCACUUCAACGUCGGCGGCGCCGUCGCCGCGCUGCCCUACCUGCCGCCGGGCGCCCACAUCGUCAUGAACGGCCGCGUC